AUGGAAAAGCCUGAUUUUGAUUUGACAGGACAAUUGGUGUGGCCUGGUGCUAUGCUUAUGAAUGAUUACAUCUCAAAAAACGCUGAGCUGCUUCAAGGAUCUUCUAUUAUUGAAUUAGGCUCUGGUGUUGGAAUUACUGGCAUACUCUGCAGCAGAUUUUGCCGUGAAGUUGUUUUAACUGACCAUAAUGAUGAAGUGCUCAAGAUACUGAAGAAAAAUAUAGAUCUCCAUACAUCUAUGGAAAAUCCUAGUUGUAAAGCUGGAUUAGGAGUUGAGAAGCUAGAAUGGGGAAAUUCUGAUCAGAUCAACCAAAUUUUACACAAAUAUUCUGGAGGAUUUGAUCUAAUUCUUGGAGCUGACAUUUGCUUUCAACAGUCGAGCAUUCCCCCACUAUUUGACACUGUAGAACAAUUUUUCCGCAUCAGGGAAACAGGACAGUGCAAAUUCAUUCUAGCCUAUGUAUCCCGAGCGAAGAUGAUGGACGCAAUGGUUAUCAGUGAAGCUACUCGUCAUGGAAUGCUGAUAAAUGAAAUAGCCGGAACUCGUUCUGCUGUUGGAAAUCUUGAAGGAGUUAUUUUUCAGGUGACACUUAAAUAGACAUGCCAACGCAUUGCAAAUGACAACUUUUCAAGCGAAAACAGAAGAAAAUAUGGGUAAGAAUAGGAAACAUGAAAAAACAGUUACAGAUUUUUCAUUUUGGUCAAAAAGUAAUUUAGAGGACCAGUUGAGUUCGGUGAGCAAAUUUCUUGGUAGUCAGAAUUUAUCUUAUCUUGCUAAUCAACUGAUUAGAAUUGUUUUUUUU